AUUCACUCUCUCCCACACGCACUGGCGCACACAAUAUUUGCACACACUUUUCCUCUUGCUAAGGGUUUGCAAUCUCUCUCUGUAAAUUCCUCUCUUAGAUCUCUGAAUCAAUCCCUUUCUAGGGUUUGCUUUCCGGCGCUGCACAGCUACCGAUUUUGAAUCAAUUUUGCGGUUGUUUUGUUGCUGAUUUUGAAUUGGUUGAUAAGAUCCGCGAGCGAGGGAAAUUCGGGCUCCUUUUUCUUGCUGGUUUUCGGUUCUGCCUCCUGUUUGAUGGUUGAAGAAACGCGGAAGGAUCUGAGGGUUGAGAGCUGUAUUGUGAUUUCUGAGGAUUUUAUUUAGAAGAAAUAGAGAUGGAUUUGGAUUUCAAUGGCGAUGUCACGAGCCUCGAUGCUGAACUGCUGCAGCUUCAGGAGGUGUCUCCGUUGGCUAUUAAAGCCAACCCGUAUGUUGCCGAGAAGCUGUUUGAUCAGUGGCUUUCGCUUCCGGAAACCAAUUCCUUGGUAAAAUCGCUGCUCAAUAAUGCCAAGGGAGGUGGCCCCUUAAAUGCUGCUGGAGCAGGUAGCACAAAUACUGCAGCUAGCAAUACGGCGCCUUCAAUGUUUCCUGCAGGUAGUACGCCGCCACUUUCACCAAGGAGUUCUUCAGGUUCUCCCCGAAUCAUGAAACACAGGGCAGGCCCUUCUAAUUUACCCUCUCCCUUGAAAUUAGUGAAUGAACCCAUGAAAGAGCUUAUACCUCAGUUCUAUUUCCAAAAUGGGCGCCCACCACCUAAUGAACUGAAAGAGCGAUGCUUGUUUAGAAUUAACCAAUUUUUUUAUGGUCACGUGGAUGGACUGCAGAUGCAUGAAUUUAAACCAGUAACGAAGGAAAUUUGCAAGCUCCCGUCUUUCUUUUCUGCUGUACUGUUUAGAAAGAUCGACACUGAGGGAACUGGAAUUGUGACCAGGGAUGCGUUUGUCGAUUAUUGGAUUAAUAAAAACAUGUUGUCUAAGGAUCUAGCAACACAGUUAUACACAAUCUUGAAGCAGCCAGAGCACAGAUACUUGGUCCAGGAUGACUUUAAACCUGUUCUACGAGAACUUUUGACCGCUCAUCCUGGGUUGGAAUUCCUACAGAGUACACCUGAAUUUCAAGAAAGAUAUGCUGAAACUGUAAUAUACAGAAUAUUUUACUAUGUGAAUAGAGCGGGUAAUAGUCGUCUUACACUGAAGGAGCUGAGACGCUCAAACUUGAUUGCUGCAAUGCAGCAUGCAGAUGACGAAGAGGAUAUUAACAAAGUCUUGAGGUACUUCUCCUAUGAGCAUUUCUAUGUCAUAUACUGCAAGUUCUGGGAGCUGGAUUCAGAUCAUGAUUUUUUGAUUGACAAAGAAAACCUCAUCAGAUAUGGUAACCAUGCACUUACCUACAGGAUUGUUGAUAGAAUAUUUUCUCAGGUUCCGAGAAAGUUCACCAGUAAGGUUGAAGGAAAGAUGGGAUAUGAAGAUUUCGUCUACUUCAUAUUGUCAGAGGAGGAUAAAUCAUCAGAACCUAGUCUUGAGUAUUGGUUCAAGUGCAUAGAUUUGGAUGGUAAUGGCAUUAUAACGAGGAAUGAAAUGCAAUUCUUUUAUGAGGAGCAGUUGCAUAGAAUGGAAUGCAUGGCCCAAGAGCCUGUACUUUUUGAAGAUAUACUAUGUCAAAUUGUUGACAUGGUUCAUCCAGAGGAAGAGAGCUAUUUUACGUUGCGGGAUAUAAAAGGCAGCAGACUUUCUGGCAGUGUUUUCAAUAUCCUGUUUAACCUUAAUAAGUUCAUGGCUUUCGAGACUCGUGAUCCAUUUCUAAUUCGCCAGGAGCGUGAGAACCCUAAUUUGACGGAGUGGGAUCGCUUUGCUCACCGAGAAUACAUUAGGCUCUCGAUGGAGGAAGAUGCAGAAGAUGCCUCUAAUGGAAGUGGAGAUGUUUGGGAUGAACCGCUCGAGGCUCCUUUUUGAAUUCUGUUUGGAGUCUACUCUGAAUUCCUUAUAUAUAGCUGGCUACGGAGCAUUACAAGCUGUAGAAAGGGAUUCUCACUCGCAACGCUCUGCUAGUAUGUUUUUGAAGACUCGUUUUAGAAAUUUUGAUGAGUUAGAAACGUUGCCAUGGUGCACCGGGGGAAAGGUUGCACAUUUGUUGAUUUGAUACUAACAAGCAAAUAGAUUAUGUUAGUUCACAGCCUUUUUAGCACUUGGUUCUUUUGUCAGGUUGUAAGAAAUAUAGUACUUUUAUUAAUUAUUUCAUUUGGAGGCAGUAUCAAAUUGCUUCUUCUUUUUGCU